GUACUCUCUUCCCCCCUCUCUCUUCCUUCCUCUGCUUCUGCCAACUGGAAGUCUACUCUAGAAGCAUUAAAGACGAAGGAAUUCCCGAGACGAGCAUCUCCGCUGCGCUGCCGUUCCAAGCGUCGCCCACGCACGCGGCGGCGCUGCCAGCUUGUUGAUCGGGGAGUUCACGCGCGCUCGGCGGGCGAUGGGGCGGCCGCCGGCUGCGUCGCGGCGUCUCGCGGCGGCGGUGGCGGUGGCGGUGGCGAUUUUGUUGCUGGUCAUCGCGUCGGCGGCGGAGGAGCGCGGGCAGAGGGGUGUGGCCGUGCGGCAGGGCGAGGGGCGAGGAAGCCACCACCGGCACGCGUACGCGGCGAUGAUGUACAUGGGGACGCCGCGGGACUACGAGUUCUACGUGGCGGUGCGCGUGAUGAUGCGCUCCCUCUCCAGGGUCGGCGCCGACGCCGACCGUGUCCUCAUCGCCUCCUCCGACGUGCCCCUCGACUGGGUCCGCGCAAUGAGGGAGGAGGAUGGCAUGAGGGUGGUGGUUGUCGAGAACCUGAAGAAUCCUUACGAGGGCAACCUUGGAGGAAUGAACAGGAGGUUUAAGCUGACACUGAACAAGCUCUACGCAUGGAGCUUGGUCGACUACGAGCGUGUCAUCAUGAUCGACUCCGACAACAUCUUCCUCCAGAACACCGAUGAGCUCUUCCAGUGCGGCCAGUUCUGUGCUGUUUUCAUCAAUCCAUGCUACUUCCACACUGGCCUUUUCGUGCUCCAGCCUUCUAUGGAUGUGUUUAAUGGCAUGCUUCAUGACCUGGAGAUUGGUCAUGACAACUCUGACGGUGCAGACCAAGGCUUCCUAGUCGGCUGCUUCCCAGACUUGUUGGACAAACCAUUGUUCCACCCUCCUGAAAAUGGCACCAAACUCAACGGAACAUAUCGCCUUCCUCUUGGCUAUCAGAUGGACGCAUCAUACUACUAUCUUAAACUCCAUUGGCAUGUUCCAUGCGGGCCUAACAGCGUGAUCACAUUCCCCAGUGCCCCUUGGUUUAAACCCUGGUACUGGUGGUCCUGGCCAAUCUUGCCACUGGGCCUUUCCUGGCACAAGCAACGCUGGGAUGAUCUUGGUUAUGCUGCUGAAAUUCCUGUGGUCCUCAUGGAGCUGCUAAUGUACACAGCGAUCAUAGCCCUCACCAGAUUGGCAAGGCCACAGAUGACAAAACUGUGCUAUAAUCGGCGACCUGAGAAACAAGGUGUCCUGGUGCAGUGGCUAAUCAAGCUGGCCGGGAUUGUGGCCAUGGUGGCUGCAUAUACGAUCCCGUUCUUUGUAAUCCCAUGCACAGUUCAUCCAAUCAUGGGUUGGUCCAUGUACCUGUUUGGUGUCCUCGCCUUCUCAACGGCUGUGAUCAAUGCAUUCCUGCUCCCACCGCUUGCUGUGCUCACUGCAUGGCUUGGGAUUGUUGGAAUGCUAUUUGUCAUGGCAUUCCCAUGGUACCAUGACGGUAUCGCGAGGAUUCUGGUAGUCGUCGCCUAUGCAUUUUGCUCUGCACCAUUCCUGUGGGCAUCCAUCGUGAGGGUGAUGGACUCGUUGCAAACAAUGCUUGAGAGGGAUCUGCACUUCCCCCGGCUUGGUGAUCCAGCACCUGAGACUGAAUUUAGCAAACUGUACUGAUUCUUUUGUAAAGGUUUGAUAUGCUUCAUCAUGAUCAUAUGGACAGCUGAUUCAGAUCAGCUGAUUCUUGAUUCA